GGGGGUGAGAACCGAGCCGUGGGAUGCCAGGAAGAAGCGAGCAGAGCCGACAAAACACGGUCACUAUUUCCAUCAAGCCAUGUGAUAGAGACGCCAUUUUCCGCCCUCCUCGUCUGCACCCCCCUCCCAUCCCUGGUUCCUCCUCCCUUACCGCGUCCCUCCUUCCUCAUCUCCCCUCCCGGUGGCUGCCUCGUUCCCCCUUCCGCCAGACUGUAAACACAACACUAGGAGCCCUCAGUACGUGACUAGCAGCUGUGAGGGGAGGUUGUGCUGAAGGAAGGUGCGUGCGCUAACUGAUUUCACGCCUCAGCCUCCGCGUGUGCUGAAACAAGGGAGUCUGGGCCAGGAUACAGGCUCCCUUACGCCUCCUAGAGUGGUGAAACGGUGGGGUGCCGUGCGUAGGAGGAGGCGCAGGGGUGAGAUACCUCUGGCCAUGCGAAGGGAAGUCUUUAAGCAUUAUUUUUAGCCCCACACAGCCACACGAAGGAACAAACGCGAGGGAGGCAGGCAGGCAGUCAGUGUGUGUGUGUGUGUGUGGUAGCGUCUCUUUAAAUCCUUCCCUUCCUGGAUAACACGACGCUGCAGUCUAGUAUAUUUAGCUGCUACAAGACACGCACUCACACACCCGUACUCGCACACGCACGCACGCACUCACGCGCGCGCUCUGAAACGCCAAGAAUUAGAAGAAUAAUCUGAAAAUUCUUGGGUGUGUUGACGGGAAGGACUUCCACCUGAAGAUUACUUGUGUUUUCUUGGCCACAGUCGAGUCUUUAGUGCGGGAGUGAGAGGAGUGAGAGGAGGAGGCCGCGAGGGGGUCGUGUGCUGGCUGGUGGGAGAGAAGAGAGGCGUUGCGUCAUUUCUCUACCCCUCCAUCUCUCACAACUACUACUACUUUUACUACCACCACUCCAGCCUCUCACAUCCACUCCCUGGAAAAAAGAAGGGUGAAAAAAGUGAAAAUACUCAAGUAACAUACACGCACUUACACACCCGAGAAAAUAAAGGAAAUGAGCAAGAAAAGGUGAAAAUAUUUGGUCGACAACACGCAGUAACACACUAGAAUAUAGGAAAGAAGGUGAGGAAAGUGAAAAUACUCUUACACACGGGAAAAAAACACCGGAAAGUAGAGGAUAAGCGAAAAGUACUCAGGGAACACACACACACACACACACACACACACACACACACACACACACACACACACACACACACACACACAGCGCCACUGGAAAUUUGAAUGUUCAAGUCGUGUGGUUCUCCAAGACGACCUCAAAUUGACGUCAGGAGCAGAGCCUGGUCGUGGGUGCAGGAGCGAGGUGCCUUCCCCGCCCACGGCACGCCCAUACCAGCACCACGGCACCCACGUGACCAAGGGCGUGGGCUCUAGCCCUCGCCCACACCUCCACGCCCGUACGGCUGCCACACGCCCGGAAAAGAAUGCCUUAGCGGAUAUGGGAGAAGGGGACUGGAGACCGCGAGGAGGAGGAGGAGGAGGAGGAGGAGGAGGAGGAGGGAGAAGAAAGGAAGAAGAAAUUUUAGGAAGAAUGUUUAGAGGAGGAGGACAAGAUCUAAAAGAAGGAAGUAUAGAAAGUUUAGGAAGAGGAGGAGAAGAACAAGAAAGUAUAGAAAGAGAAGAAGAAAUAGGAAGAACAUUUGAAGGAGGAGGAGAAGGAAAACAAGAACACAAACAAGAACAAGAAGAAAGAAAAGAACGCAUUAUGAAAACACCACAAGAACAACAACAACAACAAGAAAGAAAACAAAGAAGCAGAACAACAUUCAAAGAACAGCAAGAACAAGAACGAAAAACGAGAAUUAAAACAUGCACAGGUAGUGGGGGAAUCACACUGCACGGCUGGAGAUUACCACUGCAGCUACCACUACUUCUUCUCCUCCUGACGGCGGCGUGGGGCAGCGAGGCGGUCACUUCGCAGCCUCAGAGAAUGAAGGGCUUUCUGGAGUACCCUUACCCCGCUCCACCCUCCACUGUAGCCCCUUGUCUGGGUCCUGAACACAUCAACCGCGAUAUUAAACCCCAACAUCUCUACGUGAAUGAACGAGAACAGGCCCUCACAAUGCUGACCUCCCCGCACGUGCCGCACCAGCUAAUGACUCGUAUCGUGGCUAUCUUCCUGAAGGAGUGGCUGGGCUAUGUGAACCUGAGCAUCAUUACCCAGCCCGAGACUUUUGAUCCCUGGAAGGUUGUGGAACAGAUGAAGCCCGACAGAACACAUCUGGCUAUGAGUGACCACCGUGUGCCCGUCCCCAGGGGUCCUGAUUGGCUCUCUCCACUCAUCUUCGACUUCAUAUUUGUCGAUGGAAAUUUGGUCCUUGUGGCCAACAAGUCAAGCAUGGAGGUGCAGAUACCCGAAGCCAUGGUGAACCUCAAGGUGUGGGUGCCGCCGGGGUACAACCUGGAGCCCAUCACUACAGAGUUCGACACCAGCAGCUACCUAGGGUCAGGAGGAAGGUUCGGAUGGUUCCUGCCAGCAUCUCUCCUUGACUCCAACACCUUCAUCCUUGAGCAUUGGAGGUCCUUCAUCACCAAGGACUCCCCUGCCCUGAGGAUCUUCCACAGGACGCCAGAAGAACUGAAGACACUGAGUCACAAGGUGCGCGACCCGGUGAGUCAGGAGUACUACUGCCCCGACGACCUUGAGGAGGAAGUGCAGUGCAACGGCGGCAUCUUCAGCCCUCCGUGGUGCCAGGCCAGCAGUGCCAUUUGUGCUGUGCUCUUCACUUCAAAAGCAGACUCCGAGAUUGCCAGCUUCCUGCACACCCAGAUCCUGACAAUGAGGGCGUAUGUACGGGUGGCUUACAUUGGGCCACACCUUGACCACAGCUUUCUGGAGGCCAACUUGAGACUGCCAGGCCAAGGCAUCAACCGGUCUGUCCUGGUGUUCCACUGGUGGCCCUCUGUUCUCCUGCAGCCUUUCAACUUUACGUCUGUCUCCUUCCCUCCUUGCAUUGACAGCUCCCAGGUCUCCGGCAGCCCCAGUACCUUCUUCCAGUGCAAGUAUGAGAUGCAUCCCUUCCACAAGUUUGUCUGGAAGAAGCUGGAAAGAUAUGCCAAGUUUGCCUAUGAGGCUUUACACAUGGUACAGGUCAGCAACCUACAGUUUUCUGAGGUCCUGGACAUUUACAACACCUGGGGGGACAUCCGGGGACCUGACACCCUGGACCAAGUGGCCUGCUCGUGGAUGAAGAAAAAUAAGGUACACUGGGAACACUGGCACUCAGGUCGGAUUCUUCACGAGCUACGCCUGGUCGGUCUUUUCCCCAUCCUUGGUAAUGAGACAGAGCGGUUUAAGUUCCUGGCCCCCGGUGCGGUUGCGGCUUACUUCAUGGCAGUAGAGGCAGUGAACAAAAACACCAGCAUUCUCAAGGACUACAAGAUUCGGUCCAUUGUCUUAAACGGAGCGUGUAAUUCUGCGAUUGUCAUGAGGAAGUUUAUCCAGAUUCUCCAGCGCUCAUCGUCUCAAGGGUUCUAUAAUACGAUGAUUGGCUUCGUGGGGCCGGCCUGCUCGGACACCAUUGAGCCCAUAGCCGGCGUGUCCAAAUACUUCAACAUCCCCAUCAUAUCGUAUGCAGCGGAGGGGGCAAUAUUCUCUGGGCAAGACGACUACCCAUACUUCUUUAGGACCAUUCCCGAGAACAGGAUCUUUGGGUACGUGUACAAGCACCUGUUUCGUAGUAUGGGGUGGAGGAGGAUCGCAUCGCUGGUGGAGGAGGGGCACCGCUACUCGGAAUACCUCACUGUGUUGGAGGAGCUGCUGCAGGAACACAACAUGACGCUUGACAAGAAGGAGUUCUCCGACGAGCGCAAGACAUCUGACGUAAUUUCCAAGCUGCAGAUGCUGAAGAAGGAGAAAUAUCGCAUCAUUAUUGGCAAUUUCUACCAGGACGUGGCUUGUGAGGUGCUCUGCGGGGCGAGUCACCUGGGGAUGACCGGCAAGGAGGGCUACUUGUGGUUCCUGCCUCACUGGUUCACGAAGAACUGGUACGACACAGAUGCUCUCGAGUCAAACAGCAACUGCUCCACUGAACAGAUGAGUGCUGCAUUGGAGGGCCACAUGUCUCUCUCCUACAGGUACUUCGCAGAGGACUCCCAGAUCAUGCAAACUGGCCAGACAGUCAGCGAGUGGAAGGUGGAGUACACUAAGGCUAUUAAGGAGUACGAUAACGUAGCAGAGUCAGACUAUGCCGGCUUCACCUACGACGCAGUGUGGGUGUACGCCCUCGCCCUCGACAAGCUGUUUAAGGAGGACCCCUCAUACGCUGCUGACCUCAGGGCCACCAACACCACACAAGCGUUCAUCAAGAAGAUCUCUGGCACCUCCUUCAACGGCGUCUCUGGUCACAUUAACUUCAACGCAGACAGGUCGGAUGGCGGGGAGACACGCAAUUCUCGCCUCACAGACAUCAUUGUGUGGCAGUUCCAGUCAGGGGAAUACGUUAAGGUGGCCACGUAUCACCCCAAGUCACCCCUGGCGGACCUAGGAGAACUGCACAUCUACAAGGACCGCUUCACCUGGCCGUCUGGGAUGCAGCCAGAUGACGGGAGUGAGAAGUGCGUGGUGGAGGGCUUCCGAAACUUCCUCAACCUGACGUGCACACAGGCGGUGGUCGUCCUGUGCACCAUAUGCUUCGGCAGCCUUACCCUGGUGCUGCUGGUGUGCUUCUUCCUCUUCAAGCGCAGGUAUGAGAAGAAGUUGGAGAAGAUGCAGGAGCUGUGGCGCGGCCGUCCCCUGUUUGAGAUCUUCGAUGGGUGGGAGAUUCCAAGAGACAAGGUGGUGAUCAACAGGAAGCUCGGAGAAGGGGCAUUUGGCACUGUGUAUGGAGGGGAGUGCCUCUUUGACUCUCAAGGCUGGGUGGCGGUGGCAGUCAAAACUCUCAAGCUGGGCUCCACCAUCUCAGAGAAGCUGGACUUUCUCUCAGAGGCCGAAAUGAUGAAGAAUUUUGAGCAUGAGAACAUUGUGCACCUCCUGGGAGUGUGCACCAAAACUGAGCCUAUCUAUACUGUCAUGGAGUUUAUGCUUUAUGGCGACCUCAAGACAUACCUCCUAGCUCGCCGAAAUCUUGUGAAUGAGAAGAGUCGUAACGAUGACGAUGAAGUGAGCAACAAGCGCCUCACCUCCAUGGCUGUCGACAUCGCCCGGGGCCUGGCUUACCUCGCCCAGAUGAAAUAUGUGCACAGGGAUGUGGCAUGUCGGAACUGUCUGGUCAACGCUAACCGUACAGUCAAGCUGGCAGACUUCGGCAUGACACGGCCCAUGUAUGAAAACAAUUACUACAAGUUUCACCGCAAAGGAAUGCUGCCAGUGCGCUGGAUGGCCCCGGAGUCACUGACAGAGGGCGUCUUCACCACCAUGAGUGACAUCUGGUCCUACGGCGUGCUGCUCUAUGAAAUUGUUACCUUUGGAGCGUUUCCCUUCCAGGGGCUGACCAAUGACCAGGUGUUGGAGCAUGUCAAGGCAGGUCACACCAUCGCUAUUCCUCGAGGGGUCAAGCCACAACUGGACAUGUUGCUGCGUCUGUGCUGGCACCGCGCCCCAUCCCGCCGGCCUCCCAUCCACCAGAUCAUAGAGCAGCUCACCAACCACCCCCGCCUCAUCUCCCCCUGCCUGGACAGCCCCCAGUCCUCCGUGCAGUGCGAGGACACCCGCUCCUUAGAGAUAAUACCCGACAAGACACGGAAGUCAUCGUUGUCAAUCAAUCACCGGCUGCAGAACAUGGCGCUUCCUUCCAGCCGCCGCCGGUCGAUGAGUGGCAACAUGGUCAUGAACGUACCUCCUCUCACUACCAGUCUGAGUGAGGAUGGCAUGAUCGUGGCAGCGCAUUCAAACCUAGACGCUCUGAAUCUUAACCAUGUGAUGCUGGAGGAGGGGGAGCCAGGAGAGGACCCACUGCUGCCUCCUGCCCAGUAUGUUUCCUCCCGUUAUGUCUCGCUAGCCCACAAGGAGCAGCAUAAGGAACGGGAGAGUCUUGUGGGUGGUCACGAGGGGGACUACUGCACCACUGAUAUCUCCCGGGACCUGUGGACUAAUGUGACCCCCGUGUGAGGUCCUGGUGGUGGUGGUGGUGGACCAGCGUGCUGCCUAAGUGUGGUGAAGUGAAAUGCUGGUCAUUCUCUGGUCACUCUUUAGUUUGUAGUGUUUAAGUGGCGAUGUUAUCACUCUGAACUGUGACUCCUAUAUGUGACAAUGAUGAUGAUGAUGAUGAUGAUAUUCCUGCUUGACACAGUGGAGGAUUCUCUCUUUCUCUUUUUCUCCCUCUCUUAUUCUGUAUUUUCUAAUUUCUUCUGUAAUCAGUUAUUUUAUUUUCCUUUCCUAGAUGAAAAGUAUAAGUACUCUCUCUCUCUCUCUCUCUCUCUCUCUCUCUCUCUCUCUCUCUCUCUCUCUCUCUCUCUCUCUCUCUCUCUCUCUCUCUCUCUCUCUCUCUCUCUCUCUCUCUCUCUCUCUCUCUCUCUCUCUCUCUCUCUCUCUUCAUCUUUUCUUUCAAUCUCCAAAUCUACAAUUCAAACCUCAUUUUUUACGUUCAGUUCCUGAGGUGAUGACUUCUCAACCUCAUACCUGGGUUGUGAGUGCUGGCUCCCCUCCACCUCUGCCUCCCCCUCCACAUCUUCCUUCCUCUCACUGUGUUCAGCAAAUUCAGUAUUAUGUCAUUAUGCAAGGGAUGUGUAUGCAAGCUCUGAUGCAAUUAUCACCUCCACUAUAUAAGCUGCUCCAUGUGCCAACACUCAACAAGAAACCUCGCGUGUGUAUGUGUGUGUGUGUGUUGCCGGUGACUCUUAGGGCCGCACCCCCCAUUCCUGGCUGAGCAUCUGGCCAGUGGAGAGGCAGGGAGGCUGCCACAUGCCUUCCUCUGCCAGGAACAGACUGAGUAAAGCCUCUUCUUCGCUUGAGGCUUGGAUCGUGUUCAGGAUUUCUGAGGCAUCAAUGCAGAGCUGCCAUCUCAUCUCCUCUUUUGCCUGUUAGUUGCGGAAGCCUUCACGUCACACAACAGUUGCUGAGAUGCUGCGCUGCUGCCGUCACUCUGCUGAGACGCCACCUGCCGCUCAAGACGCAAGGAACAGAUGCGCUGUGGCAGCUUGCAGUCUGCCAUGUGCCAGGGGACAGACACGUCACAUCGGGCUCAGUGUUGUGGCCAGUGCUUAGUGAGUGUCGGGCCAGCAGGAUGGGGAGGGACUGGCCGCGGCAAGACAACACCACACGGGACAUUGUUGUCGUGGCAAAGUGAGCAGUGGCCGGGCAUGUGUGUGCGUGUCCGUGUGUGCUUGUGUGUUUGUGUGUGUAUGUGGCAGACAGCCCAGGCCCUGCGGCAGUGAGUGGUGAGAGCAGUGUGUGUGUGUCUGGCAGUGUGAGGAGGAGCAGCUCACUGCACCACAACAACACAUAUACGGGUCUUGAGGUUGAGUGCUGCCAGCAGGAGCCUGGAGUGUGCCCAAGUGUUUAUGUGUGUGUGUGUGUGUGUGUGUGUGUGUGAACAUGGUGGCAGGGGAGCACCUCUGUUGCUGUGGUUGGUAUGUGCUAGGCACACAACUUAUAACAUGAUGUACAGUACUCUAGCGGUAGGGAAACAGUCACACUGCAUCACUCCUGUGUACAUUUUCUCAUCCUCAUCACUCUCCUGCUGGUCAGCGUGGGAGGCGAGUGCACCUCACCAUGUCAGUGUUCACCAGGUGUGUGGGGCGAGGGGUGUGGGUGUGGGGUGUGGCCAGCACUGGGGCACUGCAGGGCGUGGGGUGAGGCAGGAGGCAUGGGGUGGGGCUGUGCAGGGGCUGGCUAGGGUGCUUCAGGGGUUCACCGCCACACGCCAGAUGCUUCCCGGCAGCGUGCAGGGCCGGGCAGGGGCUGUGGGGGCUGUGGCGGCGUCCCUGGCUGUCUCAGCUCUUCAGGGACACGUUACUCGCUUGUAAACCAAAAGUAACAUUUUAUAUUCUGUUUUCACAUGCAGAGUGUGGAGGGAGUUGCCUUCACCAGCAUGCAGGGGAGGUGGCGCUGGCUGGGUGUGUCUGGGGGCUGGGCUGAGGGAGAAACGGGUGAGGAUGAGGGUGUGUCUGGGGUCCUGGGGUGAUGGUGAGGGGUGAAAGUGUGUGCUGGUCAUGCAAGGCAGCUGGGGCACCCUGGACACUAGCCACCGGGACACCCACCUCUGACACUUUCCCCACAGUCACCUUGCUUCGGAUUAAUACAAAAAACUACAAAAAAACGUGCAAACGAGUCAGGGGCAUUUGAUUAUUAACGCUUAACAGAACGAGGUGUGGGGAGGCAAUGGAGGAGCUGAGUGGUGGUGGAGGCGAGGGGCAGGGCGGUGAGGCAGCUGCUGACACCCAUGCUAACUCACCUAUGUUGAUUCACUCACACUGACUCAGACCAGAGCUGUACCAGGACCUCAGUGAGUCAGAGAGGGAAGGUACAGGAAAGCAACAGGCAGCUGAACAGUCCAUCAGUGUGUAAGAGAAGGAAUCUAAGACUUGCAGAACACUCAGUGGGGACGAGGAAAGGGAAGAAAAAUGAGCCUGGUAGAAAGACAAGAGGCAUUACAACAGUCUGUCACUGAAUGAGACGAGGGAUUAGUCCUGAAAAAACACUUCAGACUCAUUAUCUCAAACAAGACUAUAAUGCCAGGCUGAGAAAAUAGCUGUCAGAGGGUCUUUAAGUGGGCCUUCAGAUGAGACAGACUGAGGAAAAGAACUAGUGAAAGCUUAUUUGAAUCUCUAUGAAUGAAAUAGGUCAGUCCAGUAAGUGAGGAGAGCAGAGGUGUCAGUGGUAGUGCAGGCGAGUGUCCGUGUAAGUCACAGUCUGGACACUUGGGUUAACAUGAGAAAUGUCAGUCACUUGCCGUCACGACCACUUACCUCCAUCCAGACCUGUCCUCUCACCCAUUGCUCAUCUCUCAUCGCUGUAAAGUGCCAACAUACACCCCAUUACGGCUGGCAGAUAUCCUGUGUGUGUGUGUGUGUGCGUGUGAGAGUGUGUGCAUGUAUGUAGAGAGAGUGACGGAGGACUGAGGAGGGAGGGAAGGAAGGACGGAGAGUUAUAUCAAGAAGUUCCUUUUAUAAAGUAUUAAUUAAUUAACUGUGUAUUCGUAGAUCAAUGUUAUUUAUGAGCAAGUGUGUGGCCGUGUGCUGGGCCGCUGCCACACACUCUUAACUUAUGUUCAAAGUAGAGAAUAUUUAUAGAACACACACACCUGGCCUGCACCUUCAACGCGCUGGCUAAGGUGCUGCUGCUCGAGGCAUCCUGGGCUCAUCACGCACGCAAUACUCUCCUGUAGAUUCACAGUAACAUCACCCUUGUAAACAAACUGAGGAUUCUUUUCUUUCUAUAUUCUUGGUCACUCAUAAAGUAUGUUCUUGGGAUUGGAAAAACUACCAUUAUCUUUGCUAUCUGAUAUAUUGCAAACAUAUCUAUUUUUUGUUCAUCGCUCAUCUCUAAGCACUUCACUUCCUAAAAUCUAUAUUCUUCAUUUUUCAUUCCCUAGCCACUUCAAAAUUUUAUAUUAGUUGGACACCAGUAAAACACAUUCAUUCUGCUUCCCUUCCUGCAGGUAAAAGACUGAUUCACUGAUGCCAGCGUUGUGAAUUGCUGUAUAGUACAAUGAAAGAGUUAGAAGCAGAAAAAUUGAGGUGAAUGAAUAUUUGACCAGUUACACUGGCCAAGGGCAACAAAAAUCCAAUAAAAAAAAAAAAAGCCCACUGAGAUGCCAGUCCCAGGAAAGGGUCCAAAGCGGUAGUAAAAAUUUGAAGGAUAAGUGUCUUGAAACCUCCCUCUUGAAGGAAUUCAAGUCAUAGAAAGGUGGAAAUACAGAAGCAGGCAGGGAGUUUCACAGUUUACCAGAGAAAGGAAUGAAUGAUUGAGAAUACUGGUUACCUCUUGCAUUAGAGAGGUGGACAGAAUAGGGGUGAGAGAAAGAAGAAAGUCUUGUGCAGCGAGGCCACAGGAGGAGGGGAGGCAUGCAGUUAGCAAGAUCAGAAAACCAGUUUGCAUGAAAAUAGCGGUAGAAGACAGCUAGAGAAGCAACAUUGCGGCAAUGAGAGAGAGGCUGGAGACAGUCAGAGGAGAGGAGUUGAUGAGACGAAAAGCUUUUGAUUUCAUCCUGUCUAGAAGAGCAGUAUGAGUGGAAUCCCCCCCCCCAGACAUGUGAAGCAUACUCCAUACAUGGACGAAUAAUGCCCUUGUACAGAGUUUGUAGCUGGGGGGAGGGGGGAAGUGAGAAAAACAGGUGGAGACGUCUCAGAAUGCCCAACUUCAUAGAAGCUGUUUUAGCUAGAGAUGAGAUGUCAAGUUUCCAGUUCAGAUUAUAAGUGAAGAACAGAUCGAGGAUGUUCAGUGUAGAAGAGGGGACAGUUGAGUGUCAUUGAAGAAGAGGGGAUAGUUGUCUGGAAGGCUGUGUCAAGUUGAUAGAUGGAGGAAUUGAGUUUUUGAGGCACUGAACAAUACCAAAUUUGCUCUGCCCCAGUCAGAAAUUUUAGAAAGAUCACAAGUCAGCCAUUCUGUGGCUUCCCUGCAUGAAAUAUUUACCUCCUGAAGUGUUAGACGUCCAUGAAAAGAUAUGGAAAAGUGCAGGAUGGUUUCAUCAGCAUAGGAGUGGAUAGGACAAGAAGUUUGGUUUAGGUCAUUGAUGAAUAAUAAUAAGACAGUGAGUGACAGGAUAGAACCCUGAAGAACACCACUGUUAAUAGAUUUAGGAGAAGAACAGUGACUGUCUACCACAGCAAUAGAACUGUCAGAAAGGAAACUUGAGAUGAAGUUACUGAGAGAAGGAUAGAAGACGUAGGAGGGUAGUUUGGAAAUCAAAGUUUGGUUUGUUUACAAGGGUGACAGUUGUACACACAGCGCCAUUCAUUAACCAAGGAAGGAAAUACAUUGAUAAUUCACUAGUAAAAGAUUUGCUUCACGACAGCGACCCCAAAUAGCCGAGGAACAACACAACAGCGGGCGUGUGUACAGACGUGUGGUGGUGCAGGUGUGUGUGUUCAUAUGUGUGUAUAUACAGUACCUUGGUUUAUUAUGCAGCUUGUUGUGGUGUGUAUGAGUGUGUGUGUGUGUAUGUGUAUGUGUGUGACUGGAUGAGAACCAUGUACAGAUUCUAUUCGUUGUAUGGUGUGGCAGUCAGUCGGUCAGUCAGUCAGUCAGUCACCAAACAUUGAGUAAGUUGUGCAUUUAUAUGUUUGCACUUGCAUGUUUUUAUACUGAGUAAGAUUCAAGUGUUUACUGUAAGUGGAGGAAGGCCUGGCACCUCUCCUCCACUGUACACUCUCCCCUGUUUCACCACUAAAACCGAGGAAUGAAAACGAAAACACUCACAGAAUUUACGUAUCGUGUGUUUGUGUGCGUGUGUGUGUGUGUGUUUGAGAGAUGCACUAUUGAGAAAACUCUAACCUGGUAUAUAUAUAUAAGCUUGAGUGAUGUAAAUGCAAAACAGUGUGUGUGUAUGUGUGUGUGUAUGUGUGUGUGAGAAAUAACACUUUUUUUCUAUGCUGUCAAAAUAGUUCACCAGUUCACCGGUUCACCAGUUUUCCGUUGUCUUUUUUCAUGCAUUUCUCGUACCAUGUUAGAGUUUUCCCAGUGGUACAUUCACACCCACUGCAGUCAGGAAGAUACUCUAUUUGGUUUUGCUUCCUCGACCCAUGUGAGAAUAGUGAAGUGUGAUUUUCUUUAUUCAUUCAUUAUACAUUUUGGGUUGACGAGUUGCUGUGUUUGAGUGCGGCUGAGUCAUCCCACUGGUGUUCUCCUCGCUGCAGAGACAGUGAGAAUAUGUGAAUGUUUUAUCAUGGGUUUAUUUAUUCAUUUUUCUUAUUAUUAUUUAUUCAAAUUUUUUUUUUUUAAGUUUUAGAGUUGAGUUUUCAUGUUUCCCUCAUUUAAUAUAUGUGUGUGUGUGUGUGAGAGGAUGUGGAGUACAGGAUUUCUUGGUAUGUUUGGCAGUUUUAUUUAUUUAUAUUAUGUAGAGUCCUUUUAUGUGUGUGUGUGAGAGAGAGAGAGAGAGAGUUAACUAGGUGUGUUUGACCAAUGUUUUAUUUAUUUAUGUAAUGUAGAGUCCUUGUACGUGUGUGUGUGUGUGUGUGCGAGAGAGAGAAAGAGAGAGGCAGCAAGGAAGGUACCAUGGGAAGACUCAACAUUCUAAACACAACAAGCCGGAAACAAAUCAAGAAACAGACAAAAGACAUAAACUAAAAAAAAAAAAACACACAUCACUUACACCAGAAAACAACAACAACAACAACAACAACAACAAACAAAAAACUGCCGUGCUGGUGAAGGGAAAACUCAAAAAACACAGCAAACAAAACUUCCAAAACCUCCUCGGGUCAGAAUUUUUUUUCCCAUACACCGAAAAUUUACGUCAUCAAGAAACAAAA